GUGAUAACUAAGGAGUCCCUAAACACUGCUAGUGUCUAGUGAGCUGCUAGUCAUGAUUCACUAAUUAGAACUGUAGGGAACUAAUACCAUAUAAAUCUAUUCAUAAUAUACUUAGCCAUAGCAAAUUGUUAGUAUUAGUGAAGUCUCACACAGUUAAAGAAAGGACAACGUGUCUAUAUUGAAUUACAGGACCAGCAAAAUCCACUGAUUUGGCUAGAUUUCUAGUUUCUCAUGGCCCUAAAGCUGAAACGAAGGCGAGAAUUAAGCACACUGAGGACUGAGGAGAGCAGAGCACGCUGGAGAUUGGCCAUUAUUACUGUGUGCUGUGUGCUAGUCAUACUAGCAACCUUAAUAGUGGGGUUGUACUUUACCAUUAAGAUGGUGAAUACCAAGUUUUUCUUCUGCUCUGGCUCACUGAAGUUCAUUUCAAUAGAAAAGGUAUGUGAUAGAAAGGCUGACUGUGCAGGCAGUGAGGAUGAAAUCUCAUGUGUAUCCAAACUGCAGACCAAUGACACAUAUCCAGUGAGGCUGAUGGGGGAGAGACUGGUCCUGCAGGUGUUCAUUAAUAAGGGUGGAUGGAGAACAGUGUGUGCUGAUAACUGGAGGACGAAGCACACGAGGUUAACCUGUCAACAACUGGGCUAUACAGCGAGUCCACGAAGUACACGAGUCCCGGUGAAGAGUCUACUUUUCAACCCUCACAAUGCAUUUGCUACAGUCAGCAAUGACUCCACACACUCUGACAUCCAGAGUUUACUCUCAGUUGGUGACAAAUGUCUCUCUGGCUCAGUGGUGUCUGUGUCCUGCUCAGACUGUGGAGAGGUGGUGGGAGAGGACCGUAUUGUUGGUGGGGUGGACACAGAAAUCGAACACUGGCCGUGGCAGGUUAGUCUUCAGUGGAACCACCAGCAUGUUUGUGGAGGAGCAUUACUGUCCAGGCGCUGGAUCAUAUCAGCUGCUCACUGUUUUACAGGCCAGACACGGGAGCUGAGACGAUGGACUGUGGUGUUGGGUCAGACCCAAGUGGCGGCAUCCAGGGGUUUCGGCAGCAUAGAGAUGAUUGUUGUCCACAGUUAUUACAGCCGCUUGAGUAAUGACUAUGAUAUCGCCAUGCUAAAACUCACCUGGCCUGUCACUGUUGGGGAAUCGAUCUUGCCAGUUUGUUUACCCCCACACCAGCUGUCUGUGAAGGAGAUGCUUGUGGUGACUGGAUGGGGAUUGUUAAAGGAGAAAGGUGAGCUGCCCUCUGUGCUGCAGAAAGCUUCAGUGCCACUGAUUGACAGGUCAGAGUGUUCCAAGCCCUCUGUUUAUGGUUCUGCCAUAACUCCCAGAAUGCUUUGUGCUGGAUUCUUCGAAGGAAACAUAGAUGCGUGUCAGGGGGACAGUGGGGGUCCACUGGUGUACCUGUCAUCUCGUUGGCAGUUAAUGGGUAUAGUGAGUUGGGGAGUGGGCUGUGCACGGGAUGGAAAACCUGGCGUUUACACGGAUGUUAGUCAACUUCUCAACUGGAUCUACACUGUAAUGAAGAGACGUCCAUGAGAAGGUGAACCAUGGACACAUCACUUCAUGCUUUUGUGACACAAGAGGAAAGACAACAAAUCACCUCAGUGUUACUACAGAAAUCUACGUUCUUGAAUCUAGAUACUGAUACAUUUUAUAAUUAAUUUGACGUUUAAUUUAACACUAGUAUUAUAUCAAAACAUCAUGCUUUUUUAGUCUCACUAGUCACAUUAUGGCAGUUUUCCAGUCAGUACUGUAUGCUCAUUGUAAAGCUAAAGUACUCCAAGUGUUUUAAUUUUUUUCUAACCAAAUG